UCAAGAUGUAGUAUGAUCCACGUAUAUCUACAUGUAUCUAUAAAGCUUGAUAUAUUCGUCUAGCAAACCUCUAGUGACAACUUCCUGAAGAUGGGUAUUGCAGAGUACGAAAUUAAAGAUAAUUCGCUUAAAGUGACCGAUGACGCCAAGAGGCAUUUUGAUGAGGAUGGAUGCAUAAUAGUAAGAGGAUUGUUAUCUGACUCCGAGCUACAGAAGGUUCACAGGACUGUAGAAAACCCAGAACUUGUGAAACAUCAGUAUGGAAGACCCGACAAGAAAGGCAAAGAACCAAAGUUGGUUUUAUGGCAGCAUCCAGGAAAUGACGUCACGGGAAUGGUGGCGCGCUCUAGAAAAGUUGCAGAGACAUGUCAACAGUUGUUAGGGGGAGAGGUUUACCAUUACCACACAAAGUUAAUCACCAAAGAACCAUACAUAGGAGGGACGUUCGAAUGGCAUCAGGAUUACGGGUACUGGUAUAAAUAUGGUUGUCUCUUUCCUGACAUGAUGACUGUAUUUGUUGCUUUAGAUGACUGCAACAAGGAGAACGGUUGCUUGCAGGUCCUGAAAGGCUCACACAAAUGUGGACGGAUUGACCAUUUGAUUGUGGCUGAACAAACAGGAGCUGACGUCGAAAGAGUUCAGGAAAUAGAGAAAGUGUGUGAUCUGAUUCACGUGGAAUUAAAAGCAGGCGAUGCUUUAUUCUUCCACUGUAACGUGCUUCAUACUAGUAGUGACAAUACAAGCGGGAACCAGAGACGAGCACUCGUUAUAGCUUACAAUAGGGCUUCCAACGAUCCGGGCCCACACGAAAAACAUCCAGGAUAUACUCCUCAACACACAGUACAUAUUUCACACAUAUUAAUAGAGACCAACAAAAAUAUUAACAUUUCUGAAUUGCAUGCAUACAUUUUUCAUUUCGUGUUCAUUUACAGGUUGAGAAUUCUGCCAUAGCGAGUUGCGAAAACUUCAGUGACUUUUCUGGCAAAGACUUUUGGGCAAACAGCCUCAAGCGUGAUACGACAUGUCAAAACUGAGUGAAUUACACAUAUCAUAACUAAGUGUCAUAUGAUAAACUGAAUUACGCAAAUUAUAUAUCUAUAGUAUUACUCUUUGUUAGAAGAAAGUGGUACACAAUGAUUAAAAACAUUAGAAUAAU